CAAUCACAAACUGAGCAUGCGCUUUUGCCCGAUACAAUAAUGGAGGACCAUCCUUACUGCCCGUGGUAAAUUCUGAAUAAAUGCCCUUCUUACUCUGAAGAUCUGAGUCACCAACCAGUACUCAACAGCUCGAGAUAUUGUGACACUGGCAACAUGGCUUCAGAUUCUGCAUCCCAGAAUCCUGGCUGCAGGAUCAUGACUUUUCAGCCCACCAAGGAAGAGUUCAAAGAUUUCAGUCGCUACAUAGCCUACAUGGAGUCACAAGGAGCACAUCGGGCCGGAAUGGCAAAGGUCAUACCACCUAAAGAUUGGAAACCCAGGAAAACGUACGAUGACAUUGAUGACCUGGUGAUUCCCGCGCCCAUUCAGCAAGUGGUGACUGGCCAGUCAGGUCUCUUCACCCAGUACAACAUUCAGAAAAAGCCCAUGACUCUCCGGGAGUUCCGCAAGACUGCAAAUACAGACAAGUUCUGUAACCCCAGAUAUGUGGACUUUGAUGAACUGGAGAGAAAGUACUGGAAGAACCUGACCUUUAACCCUCCCCUCUAUGGAGCCGAUGUCAAUGGCACCCUCUAUGAUCCAGACGUGACGGAAUGGAACAUAGGGUGUCUGAAUACUAUCCUGGACACGGUGGAGAGAGAGAGUGGCAUCAAAAUCAAAGGCGUGAACACCCCGUACCUGUACUUUGGGAUGUGGAAGAGCACAUUUGCCUGGCACACCGAAGACAUGGAUCUCUACAGCAUUAACUACCUGCACUUUGGAGAGCCCAAGUCUUGGUAUUGUGUUCCCCCUGAACAUGGAAAAAGACUGGAGCGCCUAGCUAAAGGCUUUUUCCCUGGAAGUGCCCAAAGUUGUGAGGCCUUCUUACGACACAAGAUGACUUUAAUUUCACCAUCAAUACUUAAAAAAUAUGGAAUACCAUUUGAGAAGGUUACUCAGGAAGCUGGUCAGUUCAUAGUGACAUUUCCAUAUGGAUACCAUGCUGGGUUCAACCACGGCUUCAACUGUGCAGAGUCCACCAACUUUGCCACACAGCGGUGGAUUGAGUAUGGGAAGCAGGCCACACUGUGCUCGUGCCGGAAGGACAUGGUGAAGAUCUCAAUGGACCUGUUCGUGAGGAAGUUCCAGCCGGAGCGCUACAAGCUGUGGCUGGCCGGGAAGGACAACGGGCCCAUCGACCACUCCAAGCCCACCCCAGAGGCGGCGGAGUUCCUGCAGGGCGGCAGGGAGAGGUUCCUGGUGGAGCUCAGGAAGGAGGAGAGCAGCGACCAGGCGGACCACAUGGAGACGGAGGCCUCCAGCACCACUGAGGGAGAGGAGGAGAGCAUCUCUAAAGAGAAAGCGGCCGUGAAGAGACAGCAUGGCUGCGUUGAGACUGAGCCGCAGCAGCAGCAGGAAACACCUCAGGAGACGCCCAGGCCAGACCAAGAAGAGGUGGAGCAGAAGAAGGCUCGUCUCUCUCCGCCCGAGAAUGAAACCCAGAAGCAGGAGCCGAGCUCAGCAAGCCCAGUUUCAGUUCAAGUGCCAGAGCCGCAGCAGCAGCAGCAGCAGCAGGAGGAGCAGCAGCAGAAACCAUGUGAGGUGCCUCAGCAGAACCAGCCCCAGGCAGACACUCAGGCCAAGGCAGAGAGCAGCACCCCACAGCCAGCAGAGUCAACAAAGCCUGGGGCGAACGAGGUAAAGCCUGGGGCAAACGAGGUAAAAGCCGCACCGGCAGAGCCAACCAGUCCACAGCCUGCACAGGAAGAGCCCACUGCAGCUGAGCAGGGUUCAUCUGCUGGGGGUGAAGCCUUGGAGGGGAAGCCUGCUGAAAAGGUGGAGGCCUCUGUGGAGCCAGGGCAGGGAAAACAGGGAGUCCAGGAGUGCCCACAGGUGGAGGUUUCAGAUCAGGCAGCAGCAGCAGCUGCUGCUGCAACUGCAGGUGGGGUGCCUGCUGAGGUGGAACCAGCAGAAUCGAAGCCCACUGAUCUGGAACCAUCGCAGGUGAAGUGUUCAGAGAAGGCGGAACGUUCUGAGGCUGACCCAGAAGACGAAAAGCCAGCUGUCGAGACGACGACGACAACGACCGAAGACGAGAAGCCAGCUGUCGUGACGACAACGACAGAAGACGAGAAGCCAGCUGUCGUGAUGACGACGACAGAAGCGAAACCCAUUGAGGUGCAACCAACCAAAGGAAAGCCCUCUGCGGUGGAACCGUCAAAGUUGCUGCCUGUUAAGUUUGAGCCUCUCAAGCUCGAGCGAACCAGAGGUAAGCCUGCCAAGGCACAGAACACGAAAGCAUCCAUCUGUCUCACCAGGAACAGCACCAUGUCCCCUCCGACACCGUCGCCGUCACCGUCGCCGCCGCGAUCACAGGCCCCUGCCCAGCCACCAGCCAAAGUAGCCAAAGCCAAGGCAGUCGCCCCAGCCGCACCAGUGCCCACCCCAGUGCCCACGGAGCCCCAUGCCGCCGCAGGGACAGCAGCCCUCACCGAGGUCAACACCAAACCUGCCCCUGCAACCUCAGUUACCCCUGCACCUGUGUCUACCCCUAGCCAUACCCCGGUUAACGCCCCAGCUACUACCCCGGCGGCCCCCAGCACCAGUCCGGUUCAAAGGCUCUUCCAGAGGACGCUGAGUCCGGCAGAGGUGCUGCACGUCCACAGCUACGCCAAAGGAGACUACUGCAGCGAGGGCGAAACGCCACGCAGGGAGGACCGGAACAGCGUCGGAGACGACAGUGACCUUGAGGACGAUGAUGACGACGAUGACGACGACGACGAUGAUGACGACGACGACGAUGACGAUGAGGUCAAGAAGGAGGCAGAUGAUGAAGCUGAAGACGAGGGUAUGACUGAGCGCCUGGGGAAACUCCCCCGUCACCAUCCACUCAUAAAGGACAGCAUGAGUGAUGAGGAGCUGCAGGAGCCGGCGGCAGCGGAGGACGAGGUGGUGGAGGGCGACGCCUGGGCCCGACCGCUGGCCUACUUGUGGCAGAACCGCCCCUACAGCCUGGAGAAGGAGAAGGAGUACAACCGCAGCGUGGGCCUGCAGCGACCCUACUGUGCCGUGUGCAUGCUCUUCCACACCUACCAGCGGACUGAAUGUGCGGACAGCGACCCCUCGGGUCCUCUGGUGGGUCCGGCGGCUCGUCAGCGGACCAAGCCCUUGAUUCCCGAGGCCUGCUUCACCACCACCACUGAGGAGUCGGCGGAGGUCGAGCUGUUGGCGCCCUACCUGGAGGCCGACGGCACCAGCCUGCUCAUCAGCUGCACCGUGUGCAGCGUACGCGUCCACGCCAGUUGCUAUGGCGUCAACCCACACAGUGUGACCAAAGGCUGGAAGUGUGCCCGCUGCAAGGCCAACGCCAUGGCCGAGAGCUGCUGCCUGUGCGCGCUGAGGGGAGGGGCCAUGCACCGAGCCAACAAUGACAAGUGGGUGCAUGUCCUGUGUGCAGUAGCUGUGCUGGAGGCGCGCUUCGUGAACAUCACCGAUCGCUCCCCUGUGGACCUCAGUGGCAUCCCCCUACAGAGGUUUAAACUGAAGUGCUACUACUGUAAGCGGCGGAUGAAGAAGCCGUCCGGCUGCUGUGUGCAGUGCUCCCACGGUCGCUGCCCCACCUCCUACCACCCCACCUGCGCCCAGGCGGCAGGCAUCCUCAUGCAGCCCAACGACUGGCCCUUCGUCGUCUACGUCACCUGCUGUCGGCACAAAGGCCCCGUCCAGGCUGAGCGUAAUAAGGCAGCCCUGAGAGAGCUGACCGUGGGGCAGAAAGUUAUCUGCAAGCACAAAAAUGGACGUUACUACCAGUGCGACGUCGUGCAGCUGUACAAGGAGACCUUCUAUGAGGUCAACUUCGAUGACGGCUCCUUCAGUGACAACCUCUUUCCUGAGGACAUCGUGAAUCGGGACUGUGUUCAGCAGGGACCUCCUGCCCAGGGCGAGGUUGUGCAGGUGAGGUGGACGGAUGGCCUCGUCUACGGAGCCAAAUUUGUGGCAGCUCACGUCAUCCAGAUGUACCAGGUGGAAUUUGAAGAUGGCUCCCAGCUUACAUUCAAGAGGGACGAGGUCUACACCCUGGAUGAAGACCUGCCAAAGAGAGUCAAAUCGAGACUGUCCAAGGCGUCGGACAUGAGAUUUGACGAGAUGUUCGGCGAGAAGAAGGUCCAGUCGACCAAGAGGCAGCGGGUGAUCAACUCCAGGUACCGGGGAGACUACAUCGAGCCGGUGAUCUACCGAGCCAUCAUGGAGUAGCCGAGCAGGAACAGACAACACCCCCCCCCCCUCCCGGAAGGUUCCUGCGCCGCCGCCUGACUGAUCACCAGCACUGAUAAACCAGGACCCUCCACCAGAGCUCUGCCGAAAGAGUGGGCGUCAUGACAACGACGACGACUCAUUUCUCUCUCUCCACACGCUUUGUCUCUUCCUGACUCUUCCGAGAGAACUGUGAACAAAAACUCUUCCCCAUAAUUGAUUGUUCAUAUUCAGACACACACACACACACACACACACACACACACACACACUCUUUACACUCAACAACCCAAUCAAUUGCAGCGUUAUUUUAAUUUUGUGUUGUGUAGGUAGUGAGCCAUAAGUGCAUCUGUUGACCCGGAGUGGAGAGGUGGAGGUACUCUCUUAAGUAAGGUAAAACGCUUAAGUAAUGCAACUCGCUUAAGUAAGGUGACCGUCUUAAGUAAGGUAGCUCUCUCAAGGCGUGUCCCUCUCAAGACCCGGUGCCUUUCUAGACUGGGCCUUGAGUUCUCUGAGUGGGGAGUCCACCUCUGGCAGAAAUUAGUUCUGUUCAGUUCUGGCCUUGGUUCUGGUUUUGAAGCAUUGCCUCCGUCUGUGUGUUCAGCCAGGAGGAAAGAAAGGCAUUCACCUUUUUUUGAAGUGAUGCUGAAGAUUGUGUUCGUGUGGAAAGGCUUACCAGGUCAUAGUUCUCUAACAAAUGUUCGAACAGAGAUGUUCUCUGCAUUUCAAAGAAUGUUGCCUAUUGUCAAUCAGUUUCAUGUAUUUAUUGUUUAAAGCGCUCCUCAUUCAGGGAGCGCGUGUUCUGCCUGUGAGUCUGGGAGGCUUAGCCGUUGCCAUUUAAUUUUACACACCUCUAAGCAGGAGUCCAAUGUCAACAGAUGACCGCAUUCCCGAACAAUGUACAUUAUAUUAGGAAUAUAAUGAAUAUAGCGUUUCCAUUUUUUAGAGGUUGUUUUUUUUUCUCUCGUUUUUUUUUUACCAACAUAUUUAUUAUAUGGUGCUUUAUGAAAUUAACCUUGGCAAUACAAUUGUGUCAGUUACUAUGCUGUAAGUUCGAGGUUCUGGACCGAUUUGUUGUUCGUCCUAUUUUUGCUAUGAAGAUCUUCUGGACAGAACCCCCUUCCAGUGAAAUGCCACGGAUUUCUUUUACACGCAGCCAAGGUCCUUCCUCUUUUAAAUGAAAGCCGUGCUUCGCGCUCUAAUUUAAGUCCGACUUUGACUGGACCGUUUUAAUAGCAACAUGCAGCCAUUGCAGUUUGCUUUCCUCGAGAUGAUGAAAUUUAUUUUCAAUGCAUUAUUUUUGCACUCAUAUUAAUAUUAAAAAUAAUAAUAAUAAUAAUCUAUAUUUGUCGCUUCCCGGCAUAGCCAAGUUCAAAGUUUGGAAGAUGCACUUAACGAAAGGACAUACAGAGGCCUUCAGCAGUCCCAUGGUUUGCCUGUAUAUUGAUGUCUAGUGUGUGUUUUGUCAGACUCCGUAGUGCUGAUGGCCGUAGGAGAUAACAGUCGAUUUUAUCAAGGCCCACUUUUAAAGGCAGAAUCGUAGGCCGGUCGCUAUCUAAUAUCACCACUCAGACAGAGCAGUUCGAAAUGGAAAGAAGUUUUCUAUUUUAAAAUAGCCUAUUUUAUUGCUUUUGUUUAUAUUUUCCAUGUUCUGUGUCCUUAUAUACUGUGUGAUAGACUUGUAUGUAGUUUAUUUAAAGAUGUUGAGCUGUUUCUGCUGGAAGUGGAUGUUUGUCGGCUGCUUCCUGUUUUUAAGCUUUGCUCAGACGUGUUCCCCCAUCCCUGGCCUGUUUGGCAUGGAUGCCAGUCUGUCUCGCUCACAUCAUAUUCAUGGAUUUUGUAAAGACCAUCAGUUUGUGUCAGUAAAAAGAUAUGGGCAUACACGUUCCA